AUGGUCUCACCAAAAAUUAACUUUAACACGAAGCAUUUGGGAAAAGGCGAUCCUUUACCACCUUGGAGCGGAAAGUUGCGAGUCUAUAACAUGCGUUUAUGUCCCUUUGCACAGAGAACAAUAUUAACGUUAAACGCAAAGCAAAUCGAUUACGAAGUGAUAAAUAUUGAUCUCGUUAAUAAACCAGAAUGGUUGCCGACAAAAAGUAUAUUCGGUAAAGUACCUACAAUUGAGGUGGAAGAUGGAGUAUGUAUCUGCGAAAGUCUUAUCAUCGCAGAGUACUUAGAGGAGGUAUACCCCGAAAUACCUUUAAUUUCAAAGGAUCCAAUAAAGAAAGCGUAUGAAAAAAUAAUUAUUGAAGCUUCCGAGCCUAUAUUUGUAAUGUAUUUCAAAGUUAUGAGAACGCCCGAUACGAUCAACGAUGAAACGUUAAUGAGUUAUCACAAAGCUCUUACAUUUUUCGAGGGACAGUUAAGGAAUCGUGGCACAAGAUUUCUCGGCGGCGAAAAGCCUGGAUUCGCAGACUACAUGAUCUGGCCGUGGUUCGAGAGAAUUCAAUCGAUGAACGAUGAAAAACUCAAAAUUAAAUCCGCAAAAUUCGACUUACUGGUUGCCUACAUAGAAAACAUGUACAAGGAUCCCGCCGUCAGUCAAUACCUACUACCUAAAGAUGUCAUGGAUAAAUUACACGCCGAAUAUAAGACAGGGAAGUUCGAAGUACAAUCGAUUGAAGAUCUGUUGUAA